UCCAUAAAUGAAUCGGCGAGUCGGAAACCGAAUGGUGCAUAGAAUUUCAAUCAUUGUUAAUUGAUUUGUGAUUUGUAAGUUAAGUUCACGUUUGAUCAAUUAUUUCACAUUGUGAAAAUUCUUUGUUCUAAAACAUAGGCGUGUUGAAAAAUGUCGGGUGAAACUCCAGUACCUCCUCCCGUUUUAUGGGCGCAACGCAAAGAAGAAAUUUUCCUCACAUUUAGCAUUGAAUCCAAAGAUCCGUCAAUUAAAAUAGAAAAGGACUCUGUCUAUUUUAAAGGUAUUAACGCGCUCGACAAAAAGGUUCACGAGGUGACAAUUACUUUGUACGAUGCCGUGGUUCCUAAAAAAAGUGCCUUUGUAAAUAAGGGUCGUUGUAUAGAAAUGGUGCUGUCGAAAGAAAAUAAAGAUGCUCCCUACUGGCCGUCUCUAACGAGUGAUAAAAAGAAACCGCAUUAUCUUAAAAUAGAUUUUAAUAAGUGGAAAGACGAAGACGACGAGGAUGAGGAAGGCGGUGGCGCGACAAACGACAUCGAGGAAAUGCUCCGCACAAUGGGAGGCGGCGCCGGCGAUAGAGCCGAGAAGCCGUCCUUCGACGAUGUGGAGAGCGAUUCUGAUGACGAAAACUUACCCGAUCUGGAAUGAUGGCCCCCGUAGUGGUUACGCUUAUAAUAAAUUCAGUACAUUAUGUAUAUUUUAAGGUUUUUACAGUUAUAAUAAAAACUUUGCAAAAGUCUUGUUUUCUAUAA